AAGGAGGGGGCAGGAAAUAGAUGUGCCUUCCCUCACAUUGUCAUACAUUCACAGAGAACAGAACAGAGAAGUGAAGCAGCGUGUUAGAUCCACGCUGCGCUCACAGAGGGUCACACUCCACAGGUGUUACAGGCGAGCAAGUGCCUAAACAGAAACAGCUGUGUGGGAACCAGAUCCAGAAACAUAAAGAGCCUGCUUUCAAGUGUGGAAUAUUUCAAGAGCCCACUGGGGAUUGACAAGCAACUACUUGAACACUUGGGAUUAUUCCACACUUUCUUUGGCGACUUGAUGCUCUGCUUUGGGCAACACAUUUCGAGUGGAUUUUAAUUCAGUAGACUCAUUUUGGACCUCAGUUUUGGUUGCCAGGUUUGAACCUCUGUGGACCUUUCAGUGGAUCUUCUUGGUUCUCAAAGACACAAUGAAUCGGCACGGACCAUUCGUUGUUUGUGCUGGAGUUUCUGAGUGAGUACGGAGGUUCUUACCUUUGAGCUGGGGUCCUGAGGGGUUGUUGGGGAAAGGGCAAAGGAAGGGGGAAGGGAGGAGGAAGCCAGAGCUUGUCCCCAAGCCAGAGCCUGUCUCUGGGGAGGACUGCUUUCACCAUGAGCUAACCCCCUGUGGAUUGUUUGAAGACUCCUGAAGGGAAGCGUUUGAAUGCCCGUAACCUCACGACUCCCCCGGAGCUCCCCAAGAGCUAAACAUAUGAAAGAGACCUCUGUGUUGCAAGAGUAUUUUGUGAGAGGACAGAAACUUCCUCCAGAGGAAUGCCUCUGCUGCCUUUGGCUUUUUGUUCCUCUGACCAUUCCUGUCGGAUCAAGGGUCGAGGGAAAUCCUUCCAUUGUAUGACCCUCUCAUGAAUGUAUGAAACUCCUGCUCAGAUUUGAGCUCUUUUUUCACUCUUGGAAAGAUGCACAACAUCACCUCCCUAAUGGACAGCAACUUCAGCUUCCAGCAGAACAGUGGGAAUCUCAACAGUGUGGAGGACUGCCCCAAGAAUGACAACUUCAAGUAUCAGCUCUACAGUAUUGUGUUCAGCAUUGUCUUUGUUGUUGGGCUUAUUAUGAACAUAGCAGCCAUGUAUAUCUUUACUUGUACAUUGAAACUCCGCAAUGAAACCACCACCUACAUGAUGAACCUGGUGGUGUCAGACCUUCUCUUUGUGCUCACGUUACCUUUACGAGUCUUCUAUUUCAUUCGUCAGGACUGGCCUUUCGGAGGCUUACUGUGUAAGAUUUCGGUCUCCCUCUUCUACACCAACAUGUACGGCAGCAUCCUGUUCCUCACCUGCAUCAGCGUGGACAGGUUCCUGGCCAUCGUUUACCCUUUGCGUUCGCGGGAACUUCGGACAAAGCGCAACGCCAAGAUUGUUUGUGCAGCUGUGUGGGUGCUGGUACUGUCUGGAAGCAUUCCCACCGGCUUCUUGCUGGACUCCACCACCUCUCAAUCCAACUCUACCGUCAAGUUCUGCUUUGAGAACUUCUCCUCCAAGCAGUGGAAGGCGCAUCUCUCCAAGGUGGUGAUCUUCAUCGAGACAGUUGGCUUCCUCAUACCACUCCUCCUCAAUGUGAUCUGCUCCGCUAUGGUGCUCCAGACCCUGAGGAGGCCUCAUUCAGUUGCUCGAGGAGGGAGAGUGAACAAGACUAAAAUCUUGCACAUGAUAGUGGUGCACCUUUUGAUCUUCUGCUUCUGUUUCAUCCCUUAUAACGUCAACCUAGUGUUCUACUCACUGGUGCGCACCAAAAUUUUGGGAGGGUGUGCAGCAGAGUCUGUGGUUAGAACCAUCUAUCCCAUUUCCUUGUGUAUAGCUGUGUCUAACUGUUGCUUUGACCCUGUUGUCUACUAUUUCACAUCAGAGACUAUACAAAACUCUAUUAGAAGAAAGUCACAGUUUGACCGAGCCUACAGUGCAAAGUUCUCAGAGGCCCUGCAGUCAGAGACAAGCUCAAGCCUCAGUUUUAACCUGAGGUCUUUUAAAAACAAGUUUUUCCCAAAUGAAUCCAGUGUAUGAGGAGGCUACGGCUUAAAUAACAGCAGUAUAUUUGCAGAGUAUCACAUCAAGUGUGCGAACCAAAGGCAUUAAUCCAUGUAUUCUAGUGUAGGAGGCAUUCACAGUAAACAUUAUGCUUUACACAUUAAAGUAGGUGCUGUAUUGUUGGAUUUUGGCUUCUCUGUGCCAAGGAAUUAACAAAUACAAAGAACAUCCUUGUAUAUGUUUUAGCUGUGAGUGCAAACCUCAGUGUUUUUGAAUAUCUUUGGAUAUUUAAUACAAGUGUUACUGUAUCACUCAGUGUUACAGUGUUUAGAGUAGUCUGUGCCUUUUCGACAAAGCAUAGAGCAACUAAUGGACUAUGCCCAGCAGCAGGUGUUUGUACACCACUGUACAGCAUCUGCUUAAGGUCAAUAAGCAACGACUUUGUUCUCAUUAAUGGUUUUAUGGCUAAACAUCUCCAUAAAGUAUGGCGUAAAGCAUGUAGCUGUUGAGAAACCUUCCUUUCAACCAGAUAUAUGAACUGUAUGUAAUGUAAUUAUCUGACUGUGAAUAGUGCGUUUCUUACAGUGUAAAAGUCUUACAUUGCACUUAAAGUACAUAGAUAUGCAUAAAAAACAUAUUAGCAGCGUAUUGCAGAUAUUUAAUGAAAUGCUUACCAAGUUUUUGUUUUUUUUUU